UUAUACUUGGCUGAUCAUACAUUAACUAUUUGCAGUGUACGUGUGGCGAACGAGUUAGGAGCAGGUAAUGGAAAAGGAGCAAAGUUUGCGACGAUUGUAUCAGUGACACAAUCGAUGAUAAUCGGAGUAUUCUUUGGGUUGAUAAUAAUGCUUUUACAUAACCAAAUCGCUUGGAUCUUUUCAUCAAGCGAAGCCGUUUUAACAGCUGUUAAUAAACUCACCGUUCUGUUAACUCUCACCGUUCUUCUUAAUAGCAUUCAACCUGUACUUUCCGGUGUUGCAGUUGGAUCGGGUUGGCAAUCCUACGUGGCAUAUAUAAACUUAGGAUGUUACUAUUGCAUUGGAAUUCCACUUGGAAUUUUAAUGGGUUGGGUUUUUGAAUUCGGCGUCAUGGGUAUUUGGGCUGGUAUGAUAUUUGGAGGAACCGCAGUUCAGACAAUAAUUUUAAGUUUGAUCACAAUGAGAUGUGAAUGGGAAAAAGAGGCGCAGAUUGCACAAGCACGUGUUAACAAAUGGUCCAAAGCAAUAGAAUGAAGAUUUCUCGAAACAUUUCAGCAUAAUUUUCUUAUCUAUUUUUUUUUCCUUAUCUAUGUAUUGUCUUUGUAAACAUUUUGUCAGCAAUUUAUCUAGAACCGGUUCAAGUAUCAUAGAAGCCUUGAGCAGUU